UUCAAUUGAGUUUGGUUGGUCAGUUAGUGGCUUGCCAUCAAACUGUAUUGAAGACGUUUUGCCGAAAGAAGUUAUACCGUAUGAAAAUCAACAUGAAUAUCACAUCCGCCGCUGGUAUCAUUUCCCUCCUUGAGGAGCCAAUGCCAGAAUUAAAAGUCUUUGCUUUGAAAAAGCUGGACAUGAUAGUCGACGAGUUUUGGCCUGAGAUCUCUGAAGCUAUAGAGAAAAUUGAAAUUCUUCAUGAAGAUAAGUCAUUUCCACAACAUGAUUUAGCUGCAUUAGUUGCUAGUAAAGUGUAUUAUCAUUUAGGAAGUUUCGAAGAUUCUCUUACUUAUGCUCUUGGAGCAGGAGAAUUAUUUGAUGUCAACGCUCGCAAUGAAUAUGUUGACACAACUAUAGCUAAAUGUAUUGAUUUUUACACUCAACAACGUGUAUUGGAAGCAGAAGGAAAGUUGCCACCAGGUAGCAAAGGAAUCGAUCCAAGGUUGGAAGGAAUUGUGAAUAGAAUGUUCCAGCGUUGUUUAGAUGAUAAUCAGUAUCGCCAAGCAUUAGGACUUGCUCUUGAAACUAGAAGAAUGGAUAUAUUUGAAGCUGCCAUUAUGCAGUCGGAAGAUGUAAGUAGCAUGUUGUCUUAUGCCUUCCAAGUUGUCAUGAGCCUUAUUCAGAACCGUGGUUUCCGCAACACUGUACUUCGUUGCUUAGUGAGCCUUUACCGGAAUCUGGGAACCCCUGAUUAUGUUAAUAUGUGUCAGUGUUUGAUAUUCCUGGAUGAUCCAUUAGCCGUAGCCGAACUUUUAGAUAGGUUAAGCAAAGGCUCGCAAGAUUGUGUUCUUAUGGCCUAUCAAAUCGCGUUUGACUUGUACGAAUCAGCGACUCAACAGUUCCUUGGUCGUGUCUUACAAGCCCUUAGAGCAACAGCUCCGAUUCCAGGAGCUCUUAUCGUUAAACCCAUCGUUAAACCAGCUGUAAAAGCAUCCACCAAUGAAAAUUCCGAAUCUUCUAAGACUGCUGAACCCGAAAACAGUACACCGGCACCAGAAGAAAAAUCUCAGCGUAGCGUCGAAAGUUUGAACGCGGAAGAGCGCGAGCAACAAGAAAGAGUAGACGCUCUGUCGAGUAUAUUAGGCGGAGAAAUUUCUAUCGACUUACAUUUGCAAUUUUUAAUUCGAAGCAAUCAUACCGACAUGUUAAUAUUGAAAAAUACUAAAGACGCAAUACGCGUCUCCAUUUGUCAUACUGCCACUGUAAUCGCGAAUGCGUACAUGCAUUCUGGAACUACUAGCGAUCAAUUUUUAAGAGACAAUCUAGAGUGGUUAGCUCGUGCUACGAACUGGGCGAAGUUAACUGCCACCGCAUCUCUAGGAGUAAUACACAGAGGUCACGAACAGGAAGCUCUAGCUUUGAUGCAAUCGUAUCUUCCGCGGGAUACAGGCGCGGGUGCUGGCUACUCCGAAGGAGGCGGUUUAUACGCGUUAGGUCUUAUCCACGCUAACCACGGUGCAGCAAUCACAGAUUAUUUACUUGGACAAUUAAAGGAUGCACAGAACGAGAUGGUGAGGCAUGGAGGUUGUUUGGGUCUGGGAUUAGCUGCUAUGGGGUCACACAGACAGGACGUGUAUGAACAGUUAAAAUUCAACCUUUAUCAAGACGACGCUAUUACCGGCGAAGCAGCGGGCAUUGCUAUGGGCAUGGUUAUGCUAGGAUCCAAAUCAACUCAAGCGAUAGAAGACAUGGUAGCGUAUGCUCAAGAAACGCAGCACGAGAAAAUCCUUCGAGGGUUGGCGGUUGGUAUUGCGUUUACCAUGUAUGGUCGCCUGGAGGAAGCGGAUCCUUUGGUCACUUCCCUUUGCGCCGAUAAGGAUCCGAUACUUCGUAGGAGUGGCAUGUACACCCUCGCCAUGGCCUAUUGUGGAACCGGAAACAACCAGGCCAUCCGGAAGUUGCUACACGUUGCUGUCUCCGAUGUUAACGACGACGUCCGACGAGCUGCAGUGACCGGUCUAGGAUUCCUGCUGUUCAGGUGAGUACUCGCAGAGAAUACUUAAAGCCCGUGGG